AUGGUGAAUCAUGACAUAAGUGCUCUACCGAACACCCAGCUUCAGCCAUGGUUUCCUCCUGCUGGUCUCAACCGAGUUCCUUAUCAGGUGAAAUCCAUCCCUUCAGACGAAGACCCCCGGGCAAACCCAAACCGAAGCACACCAAAGCCUCGUCUCGACCGAGCUCCUUAUCAGGUGAAAUCCAUCUUGCUGGCCCCGCUGGACCGCUUCGGCCCCGACGCGUUGCGCCGCGCGGCGCUGCAAGUGCGCGGCUCGUCGGGCACCUGGCACGACCUGGGGCCACUGUCCGGACAACGGCAGCGGGUGCAGGUGAACCGCAGUGGGAAGCACUGGCGUCUCCAUGGUUUCAACAUCGCCGUCUCCAUCUUCCGCUUUCGACUGAAGUCCCACGACAGUGCAGCAGCGCCCGACGCGCCGCACCGCGACGCCGCUCGGCGCGGGCGCGGCGCCGCGCGGGAGCUGCGGCGGCGGCGAGGUGCGCCGGCGCGGAGCGUGGAGGACGAAAGGGAACGAUUGAGGCGGCAACGGGAUGAACUGUUCAACCGCUACGGGCGCCGCUGGAUCGCUGCGGAAGGGCGUCUUUCGUGGACCGUGUUGGAGCGGCCCCGAAGUGCCGAAGCCGUGGAGCCGUGGAUCGGUGCCAUCGCCGGGCUCUCGGAGGCGGUGCUGAGAGCGGACCUGGAAAAGGCGGACGACGUGCUGAAUUUGCAUUCCAAGUACAAUUCCAAGUAUUAUCAAGCCUUGCUGGAGACUUUGAAAGGAGAGCUUCUUCCGCAGCGUUUGACCGCCCUGGCAUCCUUGAGGCAAACGGGAAUCCCGGAGGCCGCGGAAGUCCUUUGCCUGUUGCUCUGGGAACUUUGGGCUCCCAUCGCAGAUGGCAAGUCCAAGCUCUGUGACCAAGAGACAAUACAGUUGCAGCGAUUGCUGGAUUUGAUGCAGAAGGCCAUCGCAGACUGGGAUCGAGUGAAGAAUUCGGGGCAGAUCGAGUGGUGUGGCCACUUUUGCUCACCCAUUUGGUCCCUCCGGCAGAGUCGUGGCGACGGUCCUCCGGGUCGUGUGGACUACGACGUGGCCUUGAAAGAUUUGAGAGAUCUCCAAGAAAAAUUGAAGGGCAUUACUUCAAGGCAGCUUUCAGUAGGUUUGAUGGAGUUGAGGGAUGUGACGAUGAGUUUGAAGGAAGAAGUGAAGGAGUUGCAACAGGGUAAGUUGCAGAUGAAGGAGGAGUUGGAGAAACUUACUUCGGAGCACGACACUUCGACAUGCCGGAUGACGGAGAUGGACGACAAAUUGAAGAAGAUGGAGCAUGAAUCUUCAGCCGAGAAGGAACUUCUCAACAUGAAGAAAGAUCUGCGUGAGGUGUGCAUGAAGUAUGGCUGCUUGACCUUUAACGGCAACUUGAAGAGGAAGAGAGGCUUGGGUGAGGAAAAGCGGCAUCAAAACGAAGAGGCCAGUAUUUUGUCCAGUGCAAGCUCAGGAUUUUCUGUGGACACAGGUGGCCCCUGCUGCUUUAUGGUCGAUGCCGUCUUCGAGACACCCACUGGCUCCUUCUUGAGUGGUCUGCAGUUGUCGAAAGGCACUGAGAUCCUCGCGGCCGACAGGUCCACCGUUUUGAAGGUCGCUUCACCUCCGGAGCUGCACGCUGCCUCACGGACCGUGAUCCUCAAAACACAGGAAGCUAAGCUUCAAGUGACAACGGACCACCGUGUCGUGUUGCCCCCCGGUGACCUCCGAGGUGGCCUCGUAUCCGCGUCGCAGCUGAAAGUGGGAGAUGAGGUUGUGGCUGACGGCAUCCCCACGAAGCUGACCUCAGUGGACUUCGUCCCAGGUGAAGUGCCAGUGUUGAAGAUCACCUUCCAGCCGGACAAGCCAGUCACUGCGAACGACCGAGUCGUGGGAGAGUCUGGAGUCUCGGUGCUUUGGCUGAAACGGCUGAAAAGCAAUCAAGCUGGAGCAGUGCCUGAAGCGUUUGGUGCCCAGACAUUGGAAUUAGGUCGACAGGUGCACGUGGAAUCGCCCUCGAAGUCCGACCGCGUCCGGCUCCCAGAGCUGAUCGGCCUUUCGUGGCACCGGCUGAAACUCAUCAAGCUGACCAGCGUGGCUUUGGCUGAAACGGCUGGAGAAGUGCCAGAUCGACGCGCUUGGCCAAAAAAGAACUGGGUGGAUAUCAACUCCGUGGCCAUUUUACGCUUCGCACGGAACUUAGAGAAGGAUUGGCCGAUGCGGCUGGGAGCCCUUGAGACUUCGGAAGCCUUGCUGAUUGAGCCCAGGGCGGAUCUUCAGACUCGUGAGUGGAUUGCAUCGAAGAUGGGGAAGAGUGGCCCGGAGGAUGUCUGCGGCAUCCGAUGGUGCAGUUCAAGGAACGCCACAAGGCACACCUGGAUCAGCACAGUCAGCCCCGGCAGCGCCCGCAAGGGUGGCAAAGGUAAGGGUUGGACACCUUCGAUGCCACCUCCGCAGAUGCCUGUUCCUCCAGCGUACACCCAACCGUACCCGGCCAUGUCACAGCUGCGAUGGGAACAGGACGUCUAUGGGCAUUGGUGGUACAGCGAUGGACAACACUGGUGGUAUGGCCAUGGAGGUUCACAUCGUUUCACUGCACCACCGGCAGGACCCAUCCCUACUGCGACAUCCAGCAUUGGAGCUUCUUGGCAGUACGUGAACCCUGAGACUGUACGACAUCCCUCAGGGCCCAAGAAACCACGAGAUCCGCCGGCUCCCAAGAAGUCAUCCAAGCCGGAUCAACAGAAGAGUUCACCCAACAAGAAGAAGUCGCCUGCCAAGGAUAAGAAGCAGGCACCGCCUCCUCCUCCUGAUGAUGAUGAAGAUGACGAUGAUGAUGACAGCGAGGGCGGAAGUGAUUCGUCCUAUGAGGAGGUGGAGUUUGAGGAGAGUGAAGAGGAGGAUGGAGAGUUCACAGAUGAUCCAAGUGUGGCAGCGACCCCAAGAGGUACUCCAAGAGCUGCACAGACGCCAAAGGCUGCUGCCAAGGCGAAGCAAGCAGCAAAACCAGCUGCAAAGUCAAGACCGGCGGCGCCGGCAAAGGCAAAAGCUGGGAAGGCUCGCCCAGCAGAUCCUCCGAAGGAUCCACAACCGCCGAAGGCCUUCCAUCGAGCGGCCAAGGUUGUGAAGAAGAAGCCCAAGGUCGAGAAGGACCAAGAUCCGCCUUCUGCACCGCCCUCAGGUCCACCAUCCCAUGGUGGCUCGGCAGCGCCGUCGGACAUCAGUACUGUGCGUACUGAAUCCAUCAAGGAACUGCUGAAGGGCAGGCCGCCGCCUCGGAAGUCGUUCAAGCGAACAGACCGCAGGGGUCCUUACAAGCCGACCCGCCAUACACACUGGGCGGAUGCAGAGGACGACUGGGAAUACGAUGAUGAGGAGGACUCCUUCGGAGACCCAGACAAUGAGGAUCUGGAGCAUGAAGCCCUCAUGGCAGGAGGUAAAGAUGCAGUUCACCAGAAGCGGGAUAAUGAGGCCCACUUCACUACGGGCACUCACAAGGGGCAGCGCCACCCUUCAGCAGGACCCGCCAGGCCAGUGAAGUCUGAACCACCGCCUGAGCGAGAGCCACUUCGCAGGAGGCCGCAGCCCCUGCCAGACCGGCGGCGACCGGCAGAGCCAUCGUACCCACCUCCGGAAAGGGAGCGAACGGGUACCAAGCGCCGCAGCGACAGGGAUUACUAUGACAACUACGACGAUGAGGCGCCGAAGAUCCCUGAGCCGGGUACAAAAGGGCUAUCGGCCAAGAUCAAAGCUCGACGACCAGGCGAAGAAGAAUAUCUGGUCUUUGAUGGCAUCCAAGAUGCCAUUGACAGUACAAGAACGUCACCGCCUCCAUCUCCGUUGAUGAAGCCCCGUCCUGCCAAGCAGAUCUGGCCCAAGCCACGAAAGGCCAAACCUCAGCCCGCGGCAGAGCAACAGACCAAACCACCGCCAGCGGCAGAGAGAGAGGCAGCAGAACCGGCACCGCUGCCGAUCCGAGACGCAGAGAAGUCUCGAGAGAGGCGACGGCGUCGCCGGUCAGAAGGUGAGCCAGGUGAGGCACGCCCGGAGGGUGAGCACCGGCGGCGCCGGAGGAGGAGCAAGCCUGAAAUGGCUGAACCGGUCGAUCUGACAAGACCAGCUCCACCAGAGGCUCCAGCUCCCUCAGAAGAAGCUUCCAAUGCCACCGAGGCAACAAGGGAAGCAGCAGCAGAUACAACAACCGCAACUGCUGCAGCGGAGGCUCCCGCACCUACAGAGGGCACCAGUACAAGGCAGGUCAAUUGGACCAUGAUGCAUGGAUGGGAGCGAAUCCGACGGUACCAGUCCGAUGAUGAGGAGGUGGAUAGCAGCUCAAGUGCAGCCUCAGAAAGUGAGGAAGAGGACCUGGCCUACCACCUCAAGCUGUCGGAGAGUUCGCAAGCCUCCCAAUCCAAGCAAGCAAAGGAGAAGAUUAAGGUAAAGCUUCUCACGGUGCUGCGCUCACUGCUGGAGGAUGAGAAAGAUGAAGAGACCAUCCAGCGGCUCCGGAAGAAGGAGAAGCAGCGCCUGUUGAGCGAUCCACACUCCUUCGCAUUGGUUCAAGAUGCCCUGGACAGCAUCUCUGACUCUGGAAGUGAGGUGCCACAGGAGGUCCUGAAGGUCGCUGUGCAUGGACCUGAAACCCAGCAGCAGCUGGCUAUGUGGCAGGAGACGAUGGAGGAUGAAGCAAUUGAGACAUUGGAUGCCAUCAACGCCCCAAAGGUCUUCAAGCCACAACUGGAUCCCAUGAGCUCAGAUGAGGGCUCCAUCAGCGAGGGUGAAUCCGAGACCUCGCAUGAUCCAGACCAGCAGGAGGAGGACUCCACGACCAGCAACGAGACCGAGGCUGAGGAGGAGUUCCACGAGAUCCUGACAUCCGGCUGCGCCGGCGAAACAGAGAUCCUGAGAAAAGGCCAGCGCCGCAGGAUCCUGGCUGCUGCCAAAGGCAUCAGCGAGGCCGCAACGGCAGAAGCUGAGCGACGCUCCUGCCCUGAAAAAGUGCCUCGCAUUCGUCGCCUUCGCACAGGUUACAAGAUCCUAGAGAUCUUCACCUGGAGUUGCCUCCUGUCAAGGUUUGCUUAUGGUUUGGGUUGGGAGUAUUUGGAACCCCUGACACUUCCGGGUUGGGAUCUCAAAUCCCCAAAAGUUGAGAAGGAAGCAUGGGAUUACCUCCACCGUGUGAACCCUGAUUUCAUCGCGGUUGCAUGGCCACGCACGGAAUGGACCAUCAUGCAAAACGCCAACCAGAAGACGUGGACACAAAAACAGGCACUUCUAGCACGGCGAGUUGAAGCUCGCAAACUACUUCGAUUCACCCGCAGAGUCACAUUGUGGCAGGUUCGGAGCGGUGGCUACCCCCUGCCGCUGUGCCGCGCCAUCAUGCGAGGCGUGCACACCUUCUUGGACAAGCAGGCCAAUGACACCCGCACAGAGGUCUAUAUGUUGGAUGACCAGAUGCCAGAAGAGGCAAUCCAAGAAGGAGAGGAAGGCAUCGAUGAGGAAGAACAACGUAUUCAAUCCUACAAGGAUGAGAGCGAGGAUGAUCUUGAAGAGGAGGAGAGGCGACCCAUCUCUCAAGAGGUGAAGAGGGCUGUUGAAUUUGCCCAUCGGCAGUUGGGCCAUCCCAGCAGGGAUACACUUGUUCGCAUGCUGCGAAUUUCAGGAGCGAAUGAUGAUGCAAUCCGGCAUGCUCGCCGAUGGCAUUGCGAUGUCUGCAGGAUGCAACAGCCACCAAAGCAUCCACUCGCCACAACCGCUACUUCAAGACCAUUUGCUUUCAACCGAGUUUUGCGCAUUGACAUCAAGUAUCUCUUCGACACCCAGGGUCGGAAGUAUCCUUGUUUGAGUAUUGUUGACCUUGGAACUGUGUACCAUGCAGGCUGCAUGCUGAAGACCAGAAGGUCAGACUACGUCGCCCGCAAAUUCUUGGUUCACUGGGUACAACUGUUUGGAGCCCCAGGACAUAUUUAUCAUGACCAAGGCGGCGAGUUCGAACUGUCUUUUACACAGCUUUUGGAGCAAAUGGCUGCGCCCAGCACAGUCACCGGAUCGCACGCCGGUUGGCAGUUGGCCGUCGGAGAACGGCGUGGGGGAAUCUUGGGAACCAUGGUUGGAGCAAUCACAACCGAGCACGUCACAGAAGGUUUCCAUGGUAUGAAGUUGGCAUUGAGCUCAGCGCUGGCAGCCAAGAACAUGACCAUUACCCGUGAUGGUUUCAGCCCCAACCAGAGGUUGUUUGGAACGGAGGUCCGCUAUCCCAGUCUUUUGGAGGACGAUGUCAAGCCUAGCUUUGCAGAGAGCUUGGACACCGAGACUGAGUUUGCAAGAUCCCACCGUAUGAGAACCACUGCCAGGUUAGCGCUGAUCCGGAUGGAUGUCCAGGAAAAGAUGAAACGGGCCAUUUUGAGGAAGCCCGGUGUGGACACAGAAGGUCCAUAUGUUCCUGGAUGCCAGAUUUACUUCUGGGUGCCCAAGAAAGCUUCAAGAAGAUACAGUCGAGGAGGUAUCUGGCGUGGACCUGCAACAGUUUUGGUUCGUGAAGGACACCAACGCUAUUUUGCUAGCUGGAGAGGACGCGCCUUGCUCCUUGCAACGCCAAACAUGCGUUUGGCUACAAAGGAAGAACUGGCCAUGAAUGAGCCCGCAAAAGAAGAUGCAGAAACCAUUGGCCAGAUGCUUCGCGAUCCAGAGCGUGAUAACGCUUAUCACGACCAAACCCAUUUCAAAGGAGCUCCCAAGCGGAAGCACAUCAGAGAUGACCCUGAGCGUAAACGUGCCCGAUUGAUGAUGCGAGGCACCAAGUCAAUCCGGGAGUUGCUCAGGAGCAGGUUUGGCUUCAAAGAACAGCUCAGGAAGCGCAAGGUGCCGCUCCAGCCGCCAGAGAAAGGAGAUCCGGUAGCACCGAGAAACAAAGUUAAGGAGGCCCUACCUCCACCGCCUGCGGCGGAGUCUCAAGACUCAAUGGAGGAGUAUACACCUUCUCAAGCGCCAGAGCCAGAGGCUCCACAGGAAGGCCAGCGGCCUAUGCUUCCUGCUCCAAGUUCAGCUCCAGCGGAGCCACCUACAGAAGCCCCGCGAGCUGAAGAUGUUCCGGUGCCACCCAUGGAUGAGAAUGAGUGGUUGGAAGAAUACAGACAUCUCCCUCAGGAAGAACGCCGUCGCAUUCUUCAAGAUGAUGUCCCACAUGGGAUCAAAAGGAAAGGUGGCAUCACUGAAGAAGAUGCUGAUCGAGCAGUGAAGCGCCUCAGAAGCAACUUCUGCGCAGUGUUUCGCUCGAUGGCCAUGUCGCGCCGGUGGAGGCUGCGCUUGGCAGGCUGA